AUGCAAAGCUGCAAGAGAGGCUGGACGAAGAGACAGAGCGAGCAAGCCAUGGGACCGACCAGUGCUCCAAAGGGCUGUGGUUCCAGUAUCGGCUCCAUAUACUACAACCUGUGUGACCUGACUGCAUUGUGGGGGGUCGUGGUGGAGGCCGUCGCCGCUGCUGGUGUGGUGACUUCCUUUGUUCUGUUGGUCAUCCUCAUGGCCAGCUUACCUUUUGUUACAGACAAGAAGAGAAAAGGUAUGGUGGCCCUGCAGGCCAGCAUCCUGGUCUUUACGCUGGGGCUCUUUGGACUCACUUUCGCCUUCAUUGUGGGUCGGUACUCCACCAGCUGUUCUGCGCGGCGGUUCCUCUUCGGAGUGCUGUUCUCGGGCUGUCUAGCCUGCCUGGUGAUGCACGGGUUGUGGCUCGCCCUGCUGCAGCGCAGGGGCCGGGGUCCCAGGAGCUGGAUGCUAUGCCUGGGUGCCCUGGGUCUGUGGAUGGUCGAGGUGAUCAUCAACACUGAGUGGCUCGUCAUCACUGUGGUCAGGGGCCCACCCGGAGGUGUCAUUAUCCCUGACUUGUCUUGCAGCAUUGCUAACCAGGACUUCGUGAUGGCACUGAUCUACGUGAUGGUUCUGCUGCUCACUGUAGUGCUGAUGGCUAUGCCCUCACUGACGCACAAGCACAAGCAGUGGCGGCGAGAUGGAGCCUUCAUCCUGGUCACGGGCCUCUUCACCUUGGCCAUCUGGGUAGCUUGGAUCUUCAUGUACAUCCAUGGGAACAGAUGGGUCGGGAAUCCCGGCUGGGAUGAUCCCACUCUGGCUAUCGCCGUGGUGUCCAAUGCCUGGGUGUUCCUCUUCCUCUACGCCAUCCCAGAAAUCUGCUUACUGACCCAGGAGGACCCAGACCAGGAGCAGCCAAUCGAUGGAGAUCACGUUUACCCUGCCAGGGGCAUCAUUUAUGACAACAACCUUAAGGAGCUGGAGCCACCCCAUCAGAACGCGUACAUGGAGAAUAGAGCCUUCACUAUGGAUGAGCCUCCAACAGUACCCACAAAGCCAGUGUCUCCAUAUGGUGCUUAUAACGGUCAGCUAAGAAGUUGUGUGUACCAGCCCACGGAAAUAGCCCUGAUCGCCAAGGGUAUGACCAAGAUGGACCAAGACGCCAUGAUGCCUCGGGCUCGAGACCCCUCACUGAAUCCAGGAAGUGGCAGCUCCCCGCCUCGUUCAGCCGAGUCCUCGUGGCCUUAA